GAAUUCCUGAGUUUCCUCUGUUGCUACCACUUUUGCACUACGCUAUUGAAUAAAUAUUACAAUAAUUCCCAAAUUGACCAUCACACACCAUGUCGGAAAAGCAAGCAAGGGCUUUUAUGGAACAAGCAAAGGAGAAGCUUGGCGCCUGGUCCAUGUUCUGGAGCUCUAGUGACAGCCUCGAAACUGCGGCAGAACUGUACAUAAAAGCUGGGAAUAGUUUCCAGCUGGCUUCAAUGUGGCAAGAAGCUGGAGACGCCUACGUGGAGGCUGCCAAGCUCUAUAAACGAGCUGAUCACGCUAUGUUUGAAGCUGCGCGAUCUUUUGAAAAGGCUGCCAAGAGUUAUAAGAAAGUGAACCCCAAAGAUGCUCUUACUGCUAUGAUAGCGGCAGUAGCACUCGAUAAAGCCAACGGUAGCUAUCGCAUAGCUGCCCGACAUUUAGAAGAGGUAGCUCAGAUCUAUCAGGACAAGCUAGACGAACCUCAGAAAGCUUACGAUUACUACGAUGAAGCAGCCAAUCUUUAUCACGCCGAUAACUCACCAACGCUUGCAAAUCGAUGUACAUUGAAGGCUGCGGAAUUAGCAGCUAUCCUCGGUCAAUACGAUCACGCCAUCAUCAAAUUUGAAACCGUUGCAUUUGCUAGCAUAGAUGACACUCUCCUCAGUUGGUCGGUGAAGGAGUACUUCUUGCAAGCUGCGCUAUGCCACAUAUGUACAAAGGAUUAUGUAGCGUCAAAGAAGCAACUAGAGAAAUAUGCUGAUGCAUACGUCGGGUUUGAUAAUACAAGAGAAUACGUGCUACUAAGUGCGAUAAUACGCAGUGUUGAAGAUGAGGAUGCUGAUGCGUUUACUCAACAUGUGUACGACUACGAUAAGCUCACCAAGCUGGACAAUUGGAAGACGACUAUCCUACUGCGAAUCAAACGAAGUGUGACGGACGAUGAGAUCAACCUCAGAUGAUAACGGCCAGGUUGGAAUGUGUAAAAUAAAAUAAAAGAAAUUUGAGGACGGGCGUACAAAGUGUGCGGUCAUUGCCAUUGACUUCCUUAAAAGGUGUUGAAUUGAUGUCAGACAUUUGCCGAAAAA